CAAACUUCUCGGGCCCUCAUGGUGAUCUCCAUCCUCCUGGGCUUUGUGGGGACGAUCAUUAGUGUGAUCGGCAUGAAGUGUACCAAAGUGGGGGAGGAGAAUCCAGUGGCCAAAAGUUGGAUUGCGGUUUUGGGAGGUGUCAUCUUCGUUCUAGCUGGGCUGUGCGUGGCGGGAGCUGUGUCGUGGUACGCGUCACGGGUCACCUACGAAUUUUUCAACCCCAGCACCCCUCUGAAUGCCAAGUACGAAUUUGGGCCUGCUCUGUUCGUCGGGUGGUCUGCUGCCAGUUUGCUGCUGCUGGGGGGGGGCUUCCUGUCCUGUUCCUGCCCCAAACCGGAAGAAAGGGGUCAACAAUAUUACCGCCAGUCGCAGCCUCCGACCGCGAGAGAGCCCACUGUAAAAAGGGGGAAUCAACACGCAUAACACCUUCCGAGGUCUGGUGCUGGGAAGCCCAAACAGACUGUAGUAAGGACUUAAAAAAAAAAAAACAGUUUCCCAAGAUUCAGGCUGUCUGUUUUGGGAAAGCGAAAGGAAG